CAGAGACGACGUGGGGCGGGGCUUGAGGCGGUGCGGUGCGGGACCUGUGGCGGACGCGUUGGGCCGCGCAGGCCUGGCGCGGGGCGGGCCUCCAGCCACAAACUAAGGCGGAGUCGCCGGAGGGCUACUCUUACCUGGGCGGAGCCUUUCUGGGAACAGGCACACGGAUGCCCCAGGCAGGACAGAACCCGCAGAGCGACAAACGGCCUCCCCACGUUCUGGGUCGGACACGGGACUGAUGGACAGCCUGGUCCUGGGGAACCACUGCUGGCUACCUGAUUGUCUACUGCAGCCCCUGCUCACCCUGCGCGAACAGACCCUGGGGCUGGGCACACAGGCUGACCGAAAGCUCCCAGCCCCGACUCCGGGCCACCUGCAGCAAAAUCAGCCCUUACCUGUGUUCCCCAACCCACUGUGCCAAAGCCGAGGUUCCACAGAUGCUGAAUGCCAAAGGAAUGAAAACCCUGGGCUCAUCAUGGACCCCGAGUGCUCCCGCCUUCUCCCAGCUUUCUGUUCUGUGCUGGUGGAUCCCAGGCAGGCGGUGGCAGAUGACACCUGUUUGGAAAAGCUGCUGGAUUGGUUUAAAACGGUGACUGAGGCUGGGUCCAGCCUGCUGCUGCUGCAGGAGAACCCUUGCCUGGUGGACCUGCUGUCUCAUGUGCUGGACCUGAAGCCACAGGAUGUGAGCCCCAGGGUCCUCUCCUUUUCCCUGCGCCUCGCCGGAAUGUUUGCAGCCCAGGAAGACUGCUUUGAGUACCUUCAGCAGGGGCAGUUGCUGCUGGGGCUCUUUGGGGAGGCGGGACCCCUCAGCUGGGCUGUCUGGAGCGUCCCCACUGUGCGCAGCGGCUGGAUCCAGGGCCUGAAAUCCCUGGCACAGCACCCCGGGGGCCUGCACUUCCUGGGGGACAGCGGUGCGGUUGAUGCCCUCUUCUCCCUGCAGGGAGAUUCCAGCCUGUUUGUGGCCUCUGCUGCCAGUCAGCUCCUGGUGCAUGUCCUAGCUUUGUCCAUGCAAGACAAGGCCGAGGGGUCCCCUAGCCUGAAGGGCAGUGCCUGGCCCGCAUGUGCCCAGAAGAUUGUGGCCCAUGUAGAAGCGUCCUUGUGCUCCACAACUGCCCUGCAAAUCACUCAGGCCCUGAACGUCCUCACCACCACCUUUGGGCGCUGCCACAGCCCCUGGACAGAGGUCCUCUGGGGGCAGCUGAGUCCCCUGGUGGCCCACCUGUUGGACAGUGAACCCGUCCCAGCCACACACUCGCUGGUGGACCUCCUCCUCAGCGUGGCCCGUUCUCCUGUGUUUGCUUCUGCAGACUGUACCCUGUGGGAGACUAUAGCCCGGAUGCUGAGCUGCCUGAGCCCCAUGCAAACUGGGCCUCUGGCCUUAGGGACCUUGAAACUUCAGCACUGUCCACAGGCACUGAGAUCCCAAGCCUUCGGGGUCCUUCUCCAGCCCCUCGCCUGUAUCCUGAGAGCCACUGCUCAGGCCCCUGGACCCCCAGGCCUGCUGGAUGAGACUACCCAAGGUUGCUCCAUGACGGUGGACACUCUACUGUCUUCUAAGUCGGCCUGUGUGGGGCUUCUGUGCCAGACCCUGGCCCACCUGGAGGAGCUGCAGCCACUGCCCCAGCACCCCUUGCCUUGGCCCCAGACACUCCUGGUGGAAGCUGUGGUGAUCAUCUUGCGGCUCUGCGAUGGCUCAGCAGCCCCCAGCUCCAGUGAGGGGUGCCGCCUCUGUGGGACCCUGGCAGGCUGCAUUCGGGUCCAGCGAGCAGCCCUUGGCUUCCUAGGGACACUGACUCUGGGCACAAGCAGCUGGGAGCUGGUGCCACAGGUGUUUGCCAUCCUCUUGGAGACCCUCAAGAGCCCCGCCUCCAGCCCGACGGUUCUGAAGAAGGCCUUCCAGGCCGUACUCCACUGGCUCCUGGACUCACCCACGCCCCCUGGCUGUUCCGACCUCGGCCCACACACCCCACUGUUCCUCAGAGAGCUAUUCCCUGUGCUGCAGAAGCACCUGUGCAGCCCCUGCUGGGAGGUGAGGGACUCGGCGCUAGAGUUCCUGACGCACCUGAGUAUGUGCUGGGGAGGGGAGGCCAACUUCAGGGAGGUGCUCCUUGCUUCUGAUGUACCCAAGCUCGCCUGGCAACUCCUGCGAGACCCUGAGAGCUACGUCCGUGCAAGCGCAGUGACCGCCAUGGGGCAGCUUUCCAGCCAAGGCCUCCAGGCUGCCUCCGAUAGCCCUGGGCAUCCAGAGGUCCAGCAGGGCCUGGUUGGGGAGCUCCUGCAUAUCCUGUCCGUGGACUCGGAGGGGUUCCCGCGAAGGGCAGUCACCCGGGUCUUCACUGAGUGGCUGAGGAACAGCCAUGCUGAUGUGGUCCAGGACACGGAGUGGUUUGUGGCCACUGUGCUCCAGAUGGUGAGCCGGGACCUGGACUGGGAAGUCCGGGCCCAGGGCCUGGAGCUGGUGCAGGUGUUCCUGGCCCAGACACUGGGGCAGCCCAACCCCUCCUGUCCCUAUGCCGUGGCCCUCCCCAAGGUCACCCCACCCAGCCCACUCCCUGAGGUGCUGAGGACUCUCUGCCAGAUGCAGAUCUUUGACUUUGCCUUUCGUGCUUUGUUUGACUGUGAUCGACCUGUGGCACAAAAGGCUUGUGACCUCCUCCUCUUUCUGAGGAACAAGAGUGCUCCCUGCAGUGGCCUGCAGGAGGCUGGGGACAGCUCUGAUGUGGCCUCUGUGGAGGCCACCCUGGAGAGGUGGCAGGUGGGUGAGCAGGGCCAGCCCCUGGGGAGCCUAGAGCCCGAGGUGGUGCUGGCUGCCUUGAGGUCCAUGGACCUGGAGGGCCUCCAGAGCAGGCUGGCUGAGAGCAGCGACCACGUGGAAAAGAGCCCCCAGUCGCUCUUGCAAGAUGUCCUGGCCACAGUGGCCCUGCUGGAGGAGAAUGUGGCCGACUGCUACUGAGGCCACGUGCCUGUGGGCUCCAAGCAGGACUGGCUGCACAAGUACCAGAUUAGAAAACCCCACAUUUUGAUGAAUUAUUAAAAGAAAUAGCUCAUUUUCUACAUAAAACAUUCCAGGUCAAUUUUGCCUUUGGGUUAAGCCCAGGCUCUGGUUCUGUUCUUCUGCACGUGGCUGUCAGGUGUCCCCCUUGCCAUUCACAGAGGAGCCCGCCUCCCCACCCCCCUGUGUGCUCUCUGCGCCUUGGUGGAUCCGUGACCCCUGGGAGAGGGCUCCUUCCUGGGCUCUGCCCGCCCCCUGCUGGAUGAGUCUGUCUUCAUGCCACACUGAUGGAGUUGCUCUAGCUCUGCAGUAGACAGUAACAUCAGUCACUCUCGCCAUGACCUCCACCGUGGUGGUGCAGAAGUGGUGUGAGAGGCACCGUCUUGGUCCUGACCUCGCGUGAGAAGCUUUGGCUCUCUUUUGUCAAGCAUGAUGUUAGCCAUGGGCUUGGCCAUGAGGACACUGAGUCAAUCGCUUUUAUACCUAGUUUGUUGAGUGUUUUUAUUGUGAAGGGGGUUCAGUGCUUUUUCUGCAUCUGUUGAGAGCAUUGUGUGAUUUUUGUUUUUCUUUUCAGCUCAUGUGUGUCACAUUUAUUGAUUUGUAUGUAUUGAACUGUCAUUGCAUCCCAGAAAUAAAUUCGACUUGAUUAUGGUGAA